CGCGCAGGCCGCGUGCGUCCGCCACUCUUCCCGGUUCAACGCACUUGCUCAAAACAAUAGAUACUGUGCUUUUGCAUACGAUGAGAUGUGGAGUGCAGUGGAGGGCAGCGGGAGCGGCGGCGCGGGCGCCGCGCCGUGCGCGCGCGGCAAGCAUUCCGCCACGUUGCUCGGAGGCUACGUGUACGUGCUCGGCGGAAGAGGGGGAGGGGGCUCGGUGCCGCUGAGGGACUUCUGGAGAUACUGCUUGGCGACAGGAGAAUGGGAGCGUCUAGCGUGCCGCGGCGAGCCGCCUCCAUCUUUACAAGAACACUCAUGUACCGCACACGGGAACAAACUGUAUGUGUUCGGCGGCGAAGCUGGUGCGCUUGGCGAUACGCCACUUUGGGUGUAUGACACAGAGCUCGGUUCAUGGCGCAAGCUGCCCGGCCAGCCGGUGCCCCCUGGCCGCCGAGGCCCGCGGGCCCGCGGCGGCGGCGCCGGGCCGAGGGGACGGCGAGGACAUUCUGCGCAUGCGCUGAAGGAUUGUCUGCUGGUCUUUGGCGGUUAUAAGGAUCUGAGGGGAUCUACUAAUGAGCUGUGGGCUUUUCAUUAUGAAUCGGAAUCCUGGCACCAAGUCCGAACAGCCAACGCGGGCCCGGCUCGGCACCGGCAUGCGGCCGCCCUGCAUGAUGCGAGGCUCUACGUGCACGGAGGACAGAGCGAUUUGAGAGCGUGUGCUGAUUUGUGGCACUAUGACACUAUGUCCCGAGUAUGGACAGCAGUGCGUCCCGUCCGCGGUUCCCGCGGCUGGCCGGGCGCGCGCGUCGGCCACGCGGGGCUCCGCGCCGGGGCCCAUUUCUACAUCUUUGGAGGGGAAGCUGAUGGCCACGCUUGUAAUGAGCUGUGGAGGUUUCACUUUGCGACGGAGACAUGGGAGCGCAUCGUCCAAAGCGUAAACUGGCCGUCACCGCGCGUAGAUUGCUGCGCUCUCCUCGUACCGGGCGCCCCGCGUCGAAUCCGUUCCGCCCCCGCACCCACCCCGGUCGCACCCCGUCCAGACCCGCCCGCAAGUCUUCUCAAAGAACUUUCCCGACUAUCUUCCAUACAUAUGCGACGAGCCGCCCGCUGUAGUUAUUCCGCCCUGGGCCAAGAUUCCACGGAGAGUUUAGCUAACUCCCAGCUAUCGAAAUCCCACUCCUCGUACGUCAUAGAACGCUCGAGCGACGCCGGCCCGAAGGAAGCCGACGAGGCCGAACGCUUCCGUUCUGAUAUCUCUCGGGAACCCAUCUCGGUCCCAGAUUUCGCCGAUAUGGUCCUUCCGACCCCGGUUUUAUCCCCGAUCGAGGCGGCUAAGCUAGUCUAUCUAGACUCCGAUGAAGAGGAAGAUAUGAAGCGCGAAAUAGAGAGUAUGCGCAGGAAAGAUGACGUUCAAAUGCGUCGACUCGAUACGCCGAAAGUUGUGGCGAUUCCAAAGUCCGCCUCGGUCAGAUUUAGUAAAGACGUGACUACUACAGAAGAGGAAGGGGAAUUGUCAACGUCAGAUUACGCGAGCGCUGAGCGCGUGAAUAGACUAUCGGGGGCAUCGCUAGGGUUUUGUAACCCUCACUACUUAGGUCCUGACGUUCGAGCGUUGGCAGCGUUGACACCAGAUUCAGGAGUAGGCGCGGGGGAUAUAGAGCUGCACGAUUUAGGGGAACGCCGCGCCCGGAGCGCUCAACGCAACGGCGGAGAUGCACAUCUACAUUUACUACUGGUUGGGGGUCGAGAACCUCCCCACGUAGCUCGACUCCAAAGCCCCCUGUCCCUUUGGACGUACAGGCUGUUGUAGAUUCGUCCGUUCUUUGUACUAGACUUAAAUAUAUUUUUCUCGUAAGUGAAGUUUUUGAGAUGUACCUAUCGAGUGCAAGCAUUGGAGUUGUUAUUUUUGAUGUCUGUUGCGUCAUUAACCUUUUGGCCGCCGGACCUAGUCGGCAAAGACGCUCACUCGCACGCCAGAGCAAAUUUUAAGUAAACAACUAAUAAAAAGUUUAGGGAUUGCAAAUAGUGAUAUCGAUAUUUACAAUUUAUGGUAAAAAAUCUUUUCAAUUUAGCUUUGUUCUUAUCCAGCUUUAAUUUCCUUCCAAAUUUCCAAAAUUAAACAUAUGUUUUACACCCGCAAAUGUUUAAAAUAUAGGGAUUUAUCAUAAAAGACAACCACUAAACAAUGUCGAUUCAAGACGUAA